AUGCUUUUAUUCUUUGCUGCUCUGAUGCAGUCAGAAGUUUUUAGAAGCCCCGGUAUUAAACAUUUCUCAGCAACUGCAGGAGAAUACUCAUUUGUUGUAGUUGGAGCAAGAGGUGCAAAUCCAAGAUCUGAUAAAGGUAAGGGUAAUGGUGAAUCCACAAAUGGUGAAUUUGGUAAACAAAUAUGUGGUAUAUUACGUAUUCCUUCAAAUCAGGUUCUAACAAUAUUUGUUGGUUCCCCGGGAAAUGGUCGAUUUGGAGGAGAUUAUGGUGGAAAAGAUGGAACUCCAUUACAAGGUAAUAAAUAUAGCGGUGGUGGUGGCGGUGCUUCAUAUAUAAGUUUUCAAUCAGGAGAUAAAUUAGUUAUUGCAGGAGGUGGUCAAGGUGGUAAGGCAAAUGGGUAUCCAGGUGGUUUAGGAGGAAAUGGUGGGAAACGGUCUUACACAAGAAAUUAUGUAGAAUUAUCUGAUACUUGGAACGCCAGACAAUCCUCGAAUGGUUACAUUGAAAUAAAUCCGAUAUGUCCAAGUAAUUGUGGAGAAUGUAAGCAAUCCUCUAAUCAAUGUAAGGUAUGCAAAAAUGGGUUUGAUAACGUUGAUGGUGUCUGUAUCAAGAAACCGCCCCAAACACCAAUAUUCACUCCAAUUAUCACGCCAUUUACUACAGCAAUAAUAACACCACAAAAUACACCUUUACUAACCCCAAUUGGAACUCCAAUGAUAACAUUCGAAACAACUCCUGUGAUUACAAAUGUCGAAACUCCAAUGAUAACAUACGAAACAACUCCACUAAUUACUCCAUAUGUUUCACCUUAUUUGACACCAUUCGAAACAUAUCAUCAAACUCCACUGAUAACCAUGUUUGAUACACCAGGGAUUACACCAAUUCAAACAUACUAUCAAACACCUGCAAGUACAUAUGAGCAAACGCCAUUCAUAACUCAAUUUUCAACUCCUUUAUCAACAAUAAAUAUUCCUGAAGAUCCAAAGUUUCAAACCCCUUUCGAAACAAUGGUGAUAACUGAAAGCGAAACUCCAUUUGAGACAGCAAUGAUUACAGAAUUUCAAACGCCAUUCCAGACAGUUUUUAAUACAGAAGAAGAAACUCCCUUUGGAACGCCUGUUUUAACACCAGUGAUCACAGAAUUUCAGACUCCUUUUGAAACUGCAUUCCUCACUCCUUUCGUUACAGAAGCAGAAACUCCAGUCCAAACUCCAUUACUUACAGAAAAAGAAACUCCCGUAGGAACACCAUUUAAAACUGCUCAUACAACUCCAGUAAUUACAGCUGCAACAACUCCAGGAAUUACUCCUCUUUUAACUCCAAAAGAAACAGAGAUUCACGUUAUAACUCCAAAGCCAAAGCCUGUUUUUAUUGAACGAACUAAAGAGCAAAUUCCUAAAAAACAUAAAAAGGAGGCUGUUUUAGGAAUGACUUUGAAUUUAGCUGCUGUUAUGAUUUAA